AGGGAGAGGAAGAGAAAGACCGCGAACGCGCGCACUUGCACGAUAACGCGGUACAUCGAGCACGUAAACGCGUACGCACACACUCGGAUAGGAGCACGGGUCCCGCUGCGGCAGCGUGCUCGGCUAUCCCCAUAAAAGCGACGGACUCGACCGGCCUGCGGACAGUUGUCAUCGUCGGCUACAUCGGCGCAACGUGUGUCUCUCUUUGCGGCUCACCGUGUGUACCAUCGUCCAUCCAGACAUACAUACGUACAUUCGUCAGUAAAUACAUAAUCGCGUCCAUACGUAAACACGUACAUACACUCGUCCGUACAAAUACAUUCGCCCGUUCAUCCAGAAAUACGUCUAUCCAGAAAUACGUUUAUCCAAAAAUACGUCCAGUUACACGUACAUCCAUUCCUCCAUAAAUACAUCAGUUCCACAAACACAUACACAUUUAUACACGCUAUCUAUCCAUUUAUCCAUCGAUAAACACAUCUAUCUGUCCAUCCAUCGGUGGAUACAUCCAUCCAUAAAUAUAUACAUCCAACUAUCCGUCGACAAAUACAUCCGUCAAUUUAUCCGUCGAUAAAUCUGUUCUUCUAUCCAUCCAUAAAUACGUUCAUCCAACCACCCGCCGAUAAACACGUUCAUCCAUAAAUAUUAUACUUCCGUCUAUCCAUUGGUAAAUACGUCGAUCCUUUUAUCCGUCGAUAAAUACGUCGAUCCAUCUAUCCAUCGAUAAAUACGUCCAAACGAGCAAUCUAUACACACACAUUUAUACGUACAUCUAUACACACCGCUACGAUACGUCUGCAUACGUGAGCAUACGUGUACAAACGUGAACAUACACGUCGCAUACGUGAACAUACGUCCACAUACGUGAGCAUACGUCCACAUACGUGAUCAUACGUGUACGUGGGUCGCCGUCCGUGGACACGAAGACACGUCGGAAUAGAACCGGUGAUAUCGGCACUGAAUCGUCGCGUCCACCGAAUCGACGGUGUUCGGUUUCGAAGAAGAGACACGGGGACGGGACACAGCAUGAGAUGUCACGCGAUCGCUACGACACGCCGGUGGAUCGCGCAGUGAAUAGGAAGCAGAGGCGACGCGUGGUGGUGCGAACGGAUUCGAGCCGGCGGAUUCCGAGAACCGUGUAACCGCGUUUCCCGUAAAUCGAUCGACUACGAAAAGAGCCCGGAGCGCAAGAGGGCCGCCGGACAGAGAAAAAUCGGGGAAACGAGAGAGAGAUAAGAGAUCUCGCGCGCGCACACGGUCUCGUUAACGCGACCGGCCGAUCCGACGACGCGCGCCGAGAGAGAGAGAUAACGUCCGCCCGCGGCUUAUCGCGAGUGCGAUCGUGCGCCGAAACCUUUGUAAAAAAGAAAUCUUUAUCGGCCCGGCCGCGCGCGCGCGCGCGCGCCGCUGUUUUCGGUCCCGGGACAUUCCGGGCCGGGGACCGUCGCCGGGGACACGCGAUACGCGGGUCGAUCCGAUUCCGCGUCGAUUCCGUCGCGAGUGACCCGUUACCGGCACGUGGUUCCGAACUAUUCUAAGAGAAGAGACGAGCGAGCCGGUAAUACACCGAGUGCAAGCGCCAGACAGAGCGACGCUUCCGCGGGCAAAGACGUGGUCCUGUCUCGUCUUUCGUGCGCGCAUAUAUACGUACCCACACGCGCGCGCAUGCAUUUAUAUAUGUGUAUAUACAUAUUAUAUAUAUAUGUAAUAUCGCUGCUGGUGCACGGUAGUCGAAGCCUGUGCGCGUGAGAGCGAGAGAAACAGAAAAAGAGAGAGAGAGAGAGAGAGAGAGGAGAGCGAGAGAGAGAGAGAGAGCGUUCGCGAAAACGAGGAGCGGAGGAAGGAACGAAGGAGCGAGCGAGGGAACGAGCGAGGAACGUGUUGGCUGGUCGCGCGUACCGGCGUGUACGAAAGCGAAAAAGCGAUUCGUCGUGGCGCAAGCGCCAAAGCAGAAGCUUUUUCGAGCGAGCCAGCCGGAGACGGUGCCGAUGAUCAGAUACAUCAGAUUCAGUGGCGGCACGGGCGUAGAGAGCGAGUCGAGUAACAGCUUCCCACCAGUCAGUCACUCACUCACGGCUAGUCAGUCACGGCAGUCACGCGCCGACCGUGUCAGACGCACACUGGCCUGUUGGUUCGCGUGGAAAGAGGCCGGUGAGGAGCGAAGUAAACGGUGAGAAGAAGCGAAUCGAGUGGCGAACAAUAUAGAGAGAGAAAGCAAAAGAGAGAUAAAGAUAGAGAGAGAGAUAGGCCCGCGGUGCCCACGAUCCGGGAAUUGUUUUCGUGACAGUGUGAGCCCACGGUGUGCCCUUCGUGCGCGGUGACACCCGGCACCUUGAAAACAGCUACGGCAACACCUUCCGUGGGACGACGGCUUUCGGACAGCACGAGAUCACCGUCGAACACCGCGGAAAAACCGUGAGCCGGGCGGCGCACGCGCCUACGGGACCUUCGGCGAACUUCCGAGAGAUUCGGUAUCGUCGAUGAUCGCUCGAUACGCGCCGGUCUAACGGACACACACACAGACACACAGGUUACACAGGCGCUCACGGGAAACGAAGAGAUAGAAAGAGACAGAUAGAGAGAGAGAGGUCUUCGACAGUUACGACGCGCCAGGCUGAUCUGCUGUUUUGGUGGACGAGAUCGAUUCAUCGUCGUCGAUCGAGACUCUGUAUUUCGCCCGCGAUCCGGCCGCGUUUCGACGAGUCCCGGCUGCGGCGAGCACGCGACGCACGGGUUUCGGUCUACGCUGCCGCUCCGCGCACUUCGGUUCCGUUCGGGACUGUUGCGCCGGCGGUUCGGCAAAUCGGCGGACACGCCGCACGGUCUAUGGUAACGAGAGCGUCGCGAGGAGGUGCGCGCGCGGUGCACGGCCGUUGAGAACGGUCGCGACGGAGGGAAGAAGACGGAAGGAAGAAGCUGCGAGAAGAGCGAGCCGCGCCGGGGUCUCUCGUGUCCCUCUGGUCGUUCGGAACUCGUCGCUCGUUGUGUACCGCCUUAUAAAACGCGCGCGCAGUAACACAGAACGCGCGACCGUGCAGCCACGGGGGGAGAGAGGCGGCGGGGGACGGAGAGAGACAAGCAGCCCGUGUACGAACUCUCUGUGUGCACACGCUCGGCUAAAAGAGAGAAAGAAGGAUAGCAAAAAAGAGAUCGACCACGAGAGAAAGAAGAGAGACGAAUAGACAGAUCGGGAGGCAGGCGGUGAGAACGGGAGAGAGAGAGAGAGAGAGCGAGAGAGGGAGAGAGAGAGAGGGAGAUCGAGAGAGAGAAAAACGGGGAACGAAAGAAUAACGAUCCUGCGUGUACCUUAGCCUAUUAAGCCGUCGGAUGCGCUCGUUGAACGUGUCUCGGCCGGUGCACGAUACAGCUCGCGCGUUAUCUGCAGUAAAUAUUGCGGCUAGCACGGGCUCUCGGCCCGCUGAUUCUUUCUAAUCAUUAUCGUGCACGUUCGCGAUCUGCCUCCGCGUAUUGUCGUGCGCUUGUCGUCGACUUCGUGGUCAUCGUGGUCAUCGUCGUUGUCGUUGUCGUCGUCGUUUUCGUUAUUGUCGUCGCGUUCACGUUUCACGAUUCCCUUCGUGUCGUCGUAUUCUCCUCCGAGUGUGUCGCGUUAGGAUCGCGAGAGAAGAUUGAAGGUGGUGCGAGAUCGUACAGAGUGGCGUACAGUGCAGAAAGUUUCGUGCAGUGAACGGUCGUUAAUAGACCAGUGGCCGCGGCUCCGGCGACAGAGACCGACGCACGGACGGUGACGCGGGCGUGAGCGAGAAAGAGACGGCGGGGGAAUCGGCAGAGAGAAAAAGAGAUACAAAUAGAAAAGAAGAGCGAGACACGCGAAAGGUGGAACCGAGACGGGGGACACGCUAUAUGCGUUGAAGCACCAAGUGCCCAGGGACGAGAAAGCGAAAUAGGAGAUAUAUACGCGGGCACGAGCGAGACGGAGAUAGGCGAAGAGAGACGAGGAGAUCGAGCGAGGAGAGCGCGCGAGAGCGAGAGAGAGAACUAGCUGCGAGAUAGGACCGAAAGCUGCCGAGAUGCAUUGCCACGGUGUUCUCUUGUCGAUCUUGCUCGUCGUCGUCUCCUGCCCUUCGACGUUGCGUGCACGAAGGGUCGCGCCCUUGAUCGAAGACGACUGGGCGAGGAGGCCUCAUCGCGCCGCCGAGUGCACGUUCGGCAAGCAGAUACGGGAACUGGGCUCCACCUGGUUCGCGGAUUUGGGCCCGCCCUUCGGAGUCAUGUACUGCAUCAAAUGCGAAUGCAUUCCGGUACAGAAGAAACGACGGAUCGUCGCGAGGGUGCAUUGCAGGAACAUCAAGAACGAAUGCCCGAAAUUGACGUGCAACGAGCCCGUUCUGCUUCCCGGCCGUUGCUGCAAAUCAUGUCCUGGGGACUUCAAUACCGACAUAGUCCACGACCUCCCGCCGCCAUUGACGAUCGAGGAAGAGGAACGCAGCUUGAAACACUUCGGUACCCUGGUGACCGGCCGCACGUCGCAAGCAUUACGCCGCGACGAGCCGAGCCCGACCUCGAUGUACAACAGCGCGUACAACUAUUUAGCCACCGGUCGCUUCACCUUCCACCGGAAGAACCUCUACUACUCGUUCUACCUGUCGACGACGACUCCCCGUCCUCGAAGUAUCCAGUUCGUGGACGGAUCCGGGAGCAUCCUCGAAGAGCAAACGAUCGAUCCGAUCGGCGGGGUCUAUCAGAACGCGACCGGCAAGCUCUGCGGGGUCUGGCGACGGGUUCCUCGGGACUACAGGAAGCUGUUACGAGAGGAACGUCUCCACGUGUCCUUCAUAUGGGAGCCAUCGGCUACAUUGACCGGCCAACUAUCCCGCUACCGAGCCCUCUCGACCGAACAAUUCUCUUCAUUACUUGAACCAACGAUGGGAGUCGACCGAUCCCUGAUGUCCGGCGCGGGAGCGACGGCCAUAGUGUCGGCAUCUUCAGCGUCGGCGCCAUCGAUCCACGUGUCUUUAGUCUUCAACGGCGUGUUCCUACCCAACGACGUAUCCGAAGUGCCUCUAAUCGUCCAGCUGGAGCACAUGGAGAAGGACUACGUGGUGCUGCGCGAGGAGAUCAUAGUGAAGAAGCCGUCGAACGAGCUGAACUUCGGCGAGGUCCGUAGCGCCUUAUCCGGCGCGGACCUGCGUCUUCUGACGCGCGGCAAGUUGUCGAUCAGCAUAAUGUCGAGAAAGGACCCGCAGGCGCUUCGACUGGCCGGCAUGGUGGGCCCCAGAGCGACCUGCGACAUGUACCAGACGCUGCUCCAGUCGGAGACGCCUUCGGCCGCGUCCGGGAUCGCGUGGGCCUUCCUGGACCGGGCCGGAUCGCUGCGGUACGGCGUCCAGCUGAUCGGCCUGGAAGAGGAGAGUCCUCUGGUUACUUUGGUGGACGAGGGCGGGAAACGGCGCACGGAGUUGGAGGAUCUGACGCCGUCUCUGGUCGACGGCCUGGCGAACGGGUCCUUGGACCGGCCCGGGCCUCGCCUGCUGGAGCCGCUGUUCAACGAGGAGUUGUCCGUUGUUGCCGCAUCCCACGUGGGCUCUAUGCUGCGUGGAAAGCUGCUCCAGAGGCCCGUGGCCGACGCCAGGGACACCACCGCGCCGGUUUUGCUGAGGAGACUGUCCCAGGAGCCCGUCCAUCCGGGCCCCGUCGGCCUGAUCUGGACCGCCGUCGACCUGGACUGCUCGUUGCACUAUGAACUGGAGAUCGCGGGCUUUCCGCAGCUAUCUUCUUCCUCCACCAGCAACCACGAGCCUCGCACCUUCCAGCUUUAUUUGGAGACCAUGCCGCUGCUCGCCCAAGGCGCUCCGGUUGCCAGGAGGCUGCUGGAAGAGUUCACCGGAUACGUCCUCGAAGGAUCCGUCACCGGGCUCUCGCCCGUCGAGCUCUACAGGAUCGAGUCCGGCAUCGGGUUCCUCGAGGUCACCGACAAGCAGUCCGACAGGAUCCUGAAGGCGCCGUUCAAGGCCAGGGCGCCGCUCAGCUGUCUGCCGCACUACGCCGACAACGACAUCGCGUCCGUUGUCGCGUACAAUCUACCGCCCAGGUCCGACAUCGAGACCGGCGCCUGCUUCCACGAGACCAGGUUCUACGAGGAGGGCACCCAAUGGACAUCCAACAGCGACCCUUGCUCCAUGUGCCACUGCCAUCGCAGUCUGGCGCAAUGCGACCCGGUUCCUUGUCCCGUGCUCACGUGUCCACAGGCCAAGCAGCUCAAGGCUCCUGCCGGACACUGUUGUCCUAUUUGUUCAGGUCCAGGAAUCAACAUGAACGCGACAGGGAAGAACGUCAGCUCUAUAACUAGAGGUUGCACCCUGGCCAGCCAGUUUCAUCUGGCAGGAGCCUCGUGGCAUCCCUAUCUGCCGCCUGUAGGAUUCGACACUUGCGCAGUUUGCACUUGCGACCCGAUCACGCUGGAGGUGAAAUGUCCACGGGUCCAGUGUCCGCCGUUGGACUGCGACGAGAAGCUCGCGUUCAGACCGAGCAAGAAGGCCUGCUGCAGACAGUGCCCGACGACGACGCCGAGCUCCGUGAACACAGGUGACACGACGCGUCUCCUGCGGGACCAGGCCGCAUCCUCGACGAGACGCAGCUCCGAGGAGGUCCUCGCUUCCGGUGGCUGCAGGAAUCCUCUCGGCGGUCCUUACGAGAACGGGGUCGAGUGGCAUCCACGGGUCCACUCGCACGGAGAAAUGAAGUGCGUCAAGUGCAGGUGCAAGAACGGCGAGGUGAAGUGCGACAGGAAACGGUGUCCGAGGGCGCUGUGCAACUCGAUCGCGCACCAGAUGAAACGCGGCGAGUACGUGGCGGACGCGGACGACUGUUGCACGGUGCAAUGCCGUCGCGCGAGGCGUCAUCACCGCAACAAUCAUCAUCCGGCCCGGCACUCCGUGACGCCGCGAGAGCUCAGCUGAGUCCGGCCGGCCCAGCCAGGCAGCCACCUCCGAACUCUCCCGGUGCACGGAAACGCUCCUGGGACGUGUUUCGUAGUCGUCGGAUCAGCGACCAGCUCGCCGUCGUAGUCGUCGUCGUCGUCGUCGUCGUCGUAGUCAUCGAGGGUUUUUGAUCGUCGGACUCCAGAGAACCGACUGACGGGGAGUUAGGCGGAACCGUCUCCGGGGCGGAUGUGUGUCACACGUUCGAAUGACGCAAACAUGUCGAAUCUCGGCAACGAAUGUACAUCGAAUCGGAAUAAUCGGAAAGCUGCGGGACGGUGCUUUAAUGGCCGGAGAGCCUCCAGUUCGUUCACAGUUAAAAGCAUUCCAAAACGUUCUUGAAAUUGAUUAGCGUGGUAAACUCGUAAAUUUCGACGAAUCGAGGCGCGCGGUAGCGACGGCUUUCAGCUUCCAGUUGCUCGAGCGGGCUUCCACAAGACGAUCAAAGGGGACUGAUCGGAGGAUAAUGAUCGCAGGGACGGCGGUCCGAUUGUUCUCACGAUUGCUCGACGGCUUUCCGAGGCCUGCGAGUAACGGCGUCCACAAUUCUGUUUCGUCCGAAGACGAGGCGUGGCGCAGAGGACAUCGUUCUAACACGUGUAACUCGAUGAAAGAUGAUGUAGGCAGAAUUGAAUCGAGCCAUUUGUGCCUCAAAGAGGUGCAUAAACCUAAGAGAGGUACGUCGAUCGACGUUACGCGGCCGUUCAAUUCGAGCAACGAAAUGUCCACGACGAUCCCUGAAAACCUGUGCCGCUCUUCCAGUCGAAACGCGAGUCAAAAACGAGGUUAGACGUCGCGCCGGUUAGAUCGUCUUGGAUCGACGCCGGUUGGAACCUCCUGCGUCGACGUUUCGAACUCGAACCGACAGCUCGUGGGAACGGAAAAUCACCGUGAACGUCGCGGACACCGCGACGCUUUCGCGGCGCGGCGUUGGCGCUCGCGGACGACGCGCGCCAUCUUUGCCGAAACAGUUCGAUCGGCCCGCGAGGCUUCGCCGAAUUUCCCGACGAUCGCCGACGACCCGCGAAGUCCGCCGACGGCGCGGAAUGCUCUACCGCCAAGGGAAGCGGCAGCCGCCGCCGCCGACGACGACGAGCGAUCCUAAGAUCGUUCGGAUAGCGGAUGAUGGUAAUCGACGUAACAAAACUAUUCGCCGCGGGAUGCAGGAAGAGUAUGCAGGAUGUCGUAAUGGCGAUGAUGAUGAUGAUAAUAAUAAUAAUGAUAAUAGUUACGAUGAUAAUAAUAACGAUAACAAUAAUAACACGAACUGGAGGUUAGGGGAGAGAGAGCGCGGCUCGUCGGACGCCAUUCUUAUUACCGUCAGUCGUUCUGGAGUCUGCGGCACCCACAAGCCAGCAGACAUUCAUUAAUCAAUUGGCUCUCAUCAACGGAUAAACGGACCGGAAGCCAACCACCGCUCUCUAUUCUCGAGCGACCUGACACGGUACGAUAACUGUUCGGGAAGCGAGAAAAAUUUCACGGGGGGCAGAGGGGAAGGGGGGAGGAGGAGGAGGAACGAAUGGUAAUCCCGAUGGGGGAGAGAGAGGGAGAGAGAGAGGCAGAGGGAGAAAGAGAGGCAGUGAGAGAUGGAGAGAGGGUGAGAGAGAGGGAGAGGAACAGGAGCAUAAAUCGUACGCGGUAAAUGCGAAGCCCUACCGUACCCACCAACCUCACCAAGUUACCCAGCAACCAAAGAAGACUGAAGAACCUCCGAUGGUGGCAUCAGUUAUCAUUGCGCUAACGUAUAUUAUUAACUCCGAAAACUUCUUAUUAUUAUUACGAGUAACUCUGUACUGUUUAACGUCAUUAACAUUAAUUCGCGGCAGCGUCUCAUCUUUUCAUCGAUCAUUCGCUCAUCGCCAUCGACGUCAUCGUUCCCAUUGUCAUCGUCGUUGUCUUAUACACAUAUUAUUAUUAUUAACAUUAUUCUAAUUAUUAUUAUUACUAUUAUCAAUAUUAUUAUUAA